AAAUACUUUCAGAAAAAACAAAUGGAACCAAACACUUACACCAUUGCGUAAUCUAUUGCCAAAAAAGGCACCACCUUUGGACAAAAAAAAUAUGACAUGUCAUACCCACAGUCCAUUUCUUGAUCCAUAUAUUAAAAUAAUAAAAUACAUGUGGAUGCUAUUCAUGUAAUUACACACUCAAACUAAGGGUAUAAUGGAAUUUCAAAUUUCUGAAAUAUCGAGAAACUCAUCUUCAUUUUUAUUUAUUUAUAAAAUUUAAUUUUUUUAUAUUUUUUUUUAUUGCAACCACACUAAACAAAAAAAAACUAAAAAAAAACCCUUAUUAUAAAUAUAGAAGUAACUCCACGUCUUUGAUAAGAGAUCUGCAAAGCUAGACAACGACGAAUAAUUGAGAGAAAAAUUAAAUUAAAACAUCUUUCAACCCUCAAAAAAAAAAAAAAAAAAAAAACAGAAGAACUGAACGAAAUUAUUUUUAGCAGAUCUGAAAUUUGUGAAAAAUCAAGAAGAAAAUUAUGAGGAUUAGAAAAAACGCAAGGCUAAUAUCAUCUUCAUCUUCUUCAUCAUCAUUUCUAGUUUGUCAGCUCAAUCGUUCUCCUUGGGAUGUCGACUCUUUCUCUCUCCAGGGUGAAUGGGGAGAUGGAUUUGCCGUUAAUGGUAGCUUAGUGGAUGCGUUUCCUUCUUCAGACAGCUUCCCUAGUGGGGAGUCCAUGGAAUUAUCGUUCGAGUACGUCGAAAAACCGCUACCGCCGCCGCCGCCACCACCACAGUCUCUUCUCGAGGAGAGAGAAUUUGUUAAAGAUGAACAACAACAACAACAAAUUGGUGUUGGCAAUGGAAGGAACAAAGGGUGGCAACAUAUCCAUCACCAACUCAAGCCGCCACCGCUUAAGGUGGCACUUCCGCCAAUCCCCACUCCUCCAAAGAAGCGGGGACGGCCCAAGAAGCCCACCACACCCGCAACAACACCUACGACACCAACGGUAAUCACCCCGGCAACCACAAAGCCCGCGAAUAAUAAUAGUGUUAGUAGCAAUAGCAACCCGUAUGAGUUUUACUAUUAUUCCGGGUUCGGGCCGAGGUGGAGCAAGAGAAGAGGAGGGAACAAGCACAAUGUGGGUAAUGAUAGCAAUUAUUUCAAUACAACAACGAUCAAUGAAGUUGACGAAUCGGCUGGUUCUUCCUCAACUAGUCAUAAUAUUAUGAGUGAAGACGAUAAAGAUGAUGAUGACGACAACAAGAAAAUGAAGGGUAAUACUAUUACUAAUGCUGGUACUAAAAUUGUUGAGAUGGAUAGUAAUUUGGAUAAUGAAAUCGACUAUAUCGAAGACGAUUUCGAUGAUGAUGAAGAAGAUGAAGAUGAAAAUAAUGGUGGUAGGAGAAUUCGUAAGCCUGUGAAAGCUAGGUCACUUAAAUCGUUAAUGUGAUUUUAUUAUCAAUGCUUAAUUUUGCUUAGUUGCUGCUAGGAAGGUCGAAGGUUGUAGCUUGUAGGUUUUUUUUUUCUUUUGUUGUUUGUAUUUGUCGAAAUUUUAUGGUGUUUUUUUUUCUUAUCUUUUUUCUAAUGUGUUGUAUUGUGCUGUCAUUUGAACUAGCUGACCGUCGAGUAAGAAUAGCAAGCUUUUUCAAAAAAAAAAAUAUUAUUUUGAAAGUGACUUGUCAAAUGAGCAAUCCUCUAUAUAUUGGUCAAACUUUGAAAGCCUAACGACUCCCUCCAUUUUUUUUAUAAUUACAACAAUUUAACUUUUACACUAUUCGUAUGUUUUACUUAGACUAACUUUAACGGUUUAUAGUUAAGUAUAAAUAUUGUCAUGUGAAAUUUUAUUAGAUUCAACUCAAUUUAUUUAUAUAAUUUUAUCAUUAAAUGUUUAUAAUUUAAUUUUUACAAAUUGCUAAUUAAAGAUAUUAACAAUAAAAAACAUGAACCGGCCAGCGUAAAAAUAGAAGUGUUGCUAAAAAAAAGGUGGAGCUAUAUUAA